GAAGACUGGACUGGAAGAGGAUCUGCUUCCAUAAGGCACUCACAUGGACCUUCUGUCAGGCUGCCUCACAUAGCAGCUGGUUUCCCCAGAAUAAUAGAAAAGUUUUAAGUUUACACCAUGGAUAACACCAAGGAAAAGAGUGGAAAUUACAAAGAUGAUCUUCUGCUUAGAGUGGGACUUAAUGAUAAUAAAGCCGGAAUGGAAGGAUUAGAUAAAGAGAAGAUUAACAAAAUUAUAAUGGAAGCCACAAAAGGGUCCAGAUUUUAUGGAAAUGAGCUCAAGAAAGAAAAGCAAGUCAACCAACGAAUUGAAAAUAUGAUGCAACAAAAAGCUCAAAUUACCAGCCAACAGCUAAGGAAAGCACAAUUACAGGUUGACAGAUUUGCAAUGGAAUUGGAACAGAGCCGGGAUCUGAACAAUACUAUAGUACACAUUGACAUGGAUGCUUUCUAUGCAGCUGUAGAAAUGAGGGACAAUCCAGAAUUGAAGGAUAAACCCAUUGCUGUAGGAUCAAUGAGUAUGUUGUCUACUUCGAAUUACCAUGCAAGGAGGUUUGGUGUUCGUGCAGCCAUGCCAGGAUUUAUUGCUAAAAGACUCUGCCCACAACUUAUUAUUGUGCCCCCAAACUUUGACAAAUACAAAGCUGUGAGUACAGAGGUUAAGGAAAUACUUGCUGAUUAUGAUCCCAAUUUUAUGGCUAUGAGUCUUGAUGAAGCCUACUUGAAUAUAACAAAGCACUUACAGGAAAGACAAAAUUGGCCCGAGGACAAAAGGAAGUAUUUCAUCAAAACAGGGAACUCUCUAGAAAAUGAGAAACCAGGAAAAGAAACUAAUAAACUGAGUGAGCAUGAACGUUCCAUCUCUCCACUACUUUUUGAUGAUAGUCCUCCUGAUCUGCAGCCCCAAGGAAAUCCUUUACAAGUGAAUUCUGAAGAACAGAAUAAUCCUCAACUACUCCAAAAUUCAAUUGUUUUUGGAACAUCAGCUGAGGAAGUGGUAAAGGAAAUUCGUUUCAGAAUUGAGCAAAAAACAACACUGACAGCCAGUGCAGGAAUUGCCCCAAAUACAAUGUUAGCAAAAGUAUGCAGUGAUAAGAAUAAACCAAAUGGACAAUACCAAAUUCUCCCCAGCAGACAAGCUGUGAUGGACUUCAUCAAGGACUUACCUAUUAGAAAGGUUUCUGGAAUAGGAAAAGUUACAGAGAAAAUGUUAAAGGCUCUUGGAAUUAUUACUUGUACAGAACUCUACCAACAGAGGGCAUUGCUUUCUCUUCUUUUCUCUGAAACAUCUUGGCAUCAUUUCCUUCAUAUUUCCCUGGGUCUAGGUUCAACACACCUGACAAGGGAUGGAGAAAGGAAAAGCAUGAGCGUUGAGAGGACAUUCAAUGAAAUAAGUAAAGCAGAGGAACAAUAUAGUUUGUGCCGGGAACUUUGCAGUGAACUUGCUCAAGAUCUGCAGAAAGAAGGACUAAAGGGUAGAACUGUUACCAUUAAACUGAAGAAUGUAAAUUUUGAAGUAAAAACUCGUGCAUCUACAGUUUCAUCUGUUGUUUCUACUGCAGAAGAAAUAUUUGCUAUUGCUAAAGAAUUGCUAAGAACAGAAAUUGAUGCUGAUUUUCCACAUCCUUUGAGAUUAAGACUUAUGGGUGUACGGUUGUCCAGUUUUCCCAGUGAAGAAGAUAAGAAGCACCAACAAAGGACCAUUAUUGGCUUCUUACAGGCUGGAAACCCAACUCUGUCAGCCACUGGGUAUAUGGUAGAGAAAACUGACAAAGAUCAGUUUCUGAAACCUCUAGAAAUGUCUCAUAAGAAGAGUUUCUUUGAUAAAAAGCGAUUAGAAAGGAAAUGGAGCCAUCAAGAUACAUUUAAAUGUGAAGCUGUGGGUAAACCAAGUUUACAGACAUCACAUUCAGUUCAAGUUUUAAAGAAGAAGAUGAAUGAGAAUUUAGAAACGUCGGAGAAUUCAAAUAACUCUCAGAUAUUUACCUGCCCAAUUUGCUUUAGGGAGCAAAGAAGCAUCAGUCUGGAAGCCUUUAAUAAACAUAUAGAUGCAUGUCUUGAUGGACAUUUGAUCAGUGAAAACUCCAAUGUGUUCUCAUGUUCACAUGCUUCCUCUACAGAAGUUAACAAGAAAGAAAAUGUACAUCCUUCAUUCUCACUCCAUGGGAAGCAGGAUUAUGAAACCCCUCAGAAGGAUUCAGAAAUCAAUUCAGUAAAUUGUGUAGAGCUAGUAGAGACUGAAGAUAACCCACGUAAAGCAAAAAGUAUAGAUGGCUUAAGUGAUAAGCACAGCAAAGAGGAAUGUGCUAGUCUUUCAAACAAAUCAUUUAAUAUUGACACACGGUGUCACAAUUCUUCCUCUACUGUUUCAUUGGAAGAGAUUGGGUCAUUAAGUCAGCAAGAAUCCUCCCAGUCUUAUUUACAUGAAGCGAUAACAGACCAACCUCUAGUUUGUCCAGUUUGUAACCUAGAGCAAAAGACUUCAGAUCUUACCCUGUUCAAUGUGCAUGUGGAUGUAUGUUUAAAUAAAGGCAUUAUCCAGGAACUGAGAAAGGAAAAAGUUAAUGUAGCUAACCAACCCAGAGAAAGCACCCAAAGUACUGGUGAGUUUGCAGUCAUUUUAAAGAACUCGAUUUUCUAGGAACGUUUUAUUAAAAUUAAGAUUGUUAUUAAAUCUAAAAUGCAUACUAUUAAAGGGAUAGACUGUGUAUGCCGCCAUUUAGGGAUAUGUCAGUUACCUUAGCAUGGGUUAGAAUUAACUGAAGCCAUUAGAUUUUAAAUUUUGGCAAAACUGUUCUGUGUUUGAUUUAGCAGGGAAUGAACUCAGGUGUUUAGGGGAGCCAAGUAAUCUAAUCAAAGGCAAAAUUCCCUUGGAAUGAAUAACUCAGAGGGAUAAAAGGUACAGCUUAGGGAAUAUAGUCAAUGGUAUGGAAAUAGUGCUCUGUGGUGACAGACGGUAGCUCCAUUUGUGGUGAGCACAGCAUAACAUAUAAACUUGUUCAAUUACUAUGUUGUGCACCUGAAACUAAUAUAACCUUGUGUGUCAACUAUACUUCAAUUUAAAAAAAAAAGAAAGAAAUUCCUUCAGAGAAAUUCUGCUGAAGCACAGGGGUAAAUUAACUAUAAUCACCCAGCCAGAAAGCCUCUUUAAGUUAUUUUUUGGUAGUCUGACUCUAGCCCAACUGCAAAAAUAAAAUUAAGUAUAAUGCCAUAAAAUAAGUAAAUUAUAAAGAAAUUAUGCAAUAUAGUUAGUUAUUGGUGUGUCUAAAUAUGAACUAUGUAAUACUAACAAAGUUUUUUAUUAUCUCUAAUCAAUCAGCUUUAGCUUUUUAGAUUUUU